GGAAACGAAGAGGAAGAAUAAGUGCCGAUCACCGACGAUGAUAUGUCGCGACGCGCGAUCGAGUCAGUGAGUGUGCGACGGUGUUGAUCACGGUGUUGGCGAUCGUCGACGGGCGUUUAGUAUGACGACUAGCUGACAGAUGUAUCUCUUCUCUAUCUCCUCACGGCGUCGGCGGGGUUGACGAUUGAGCGAACAGCGGAAGGAUGCUGGGUGGCGUGGGAGGUCGGCACGUGUCUACGCGUCGGCGUGGCAGUAAUCCGCUGGUGCGUGGAAGUGUGGGCCUUAUCGGGUAUGGUGCCACAUCCGGGACCAGCGGUGGUCUCGGAAACACCGAUGGAAACGCGACGCAGUUGGAUGCGAUGCCCCGAUAUGCCGCUAGGAGACGGAGGGCUGUCACCACCAGCGAUCACAAGAGCUGCGCCCUUAUACAGACGCGACUCAAGCUUGGCGAUAUUAUGUUGGCAGCAGCGCAAGAGGCGGCACAAAGGGACCCUGGAUACGCGAGUCAGUAUUACGGGAGAAGGUCGAGGUUGGCUGGAUUGAGGAGUGGUCUCGGUGACUGGACUAGCUUCGGAGGGGAGGUACCUGGUCUGGUGGACAUGGCGCCAGGCCGGGAUCAAGGUGGAGGGGGAGGCGGUGGGGGAGGCGGCAAGGGCGCCACAUCAUUGUUUAUCCUUUCGGAAGAUAAUUUUAUACGGACGCAAGUACGCUUUUUCAUUGAGUGGCCGCCCUUCGAGUACAGCGUCCUGCUCACCAUCAUCGCCAAUUGCGUGGUCCUCGCCCUCGAGGAGCACUUGCCGAGGCAGGACAAGACCGUACUCGCACAGAGGCUCGAGGCUACGGAAAUGUACUUUCUCGGGAUCUUCUGCGCCGAGGCGAGCCUCAAAAUUAUUGCCCUUGGCUUCGUCCUCCACCGCGGCUCAUAUCUGCGCAACAUCUGGAACAUCAUGGACUUCUUCGUCGUGGUGACCGGGAUCAUCACGGCGCAAGGCAAAGACCUGGAUAUGGAUCUGCGCACGUUGCGUGCGAUACGCGUGUUGCGACCGCUCAAACUUGUCUCCGGCAUACCGAGUCUUCAGGUGGUGCUCAAGUCUAUCAUUAAGGCGAUGGCGCCGCUUCUGCAGAUCGGCUUGCUGGUACUCUUCGCCAUCGUGAUAUUCGCCAUCAUCGGCCUCGAGUUUUAUUCGGGAACUCUGCAUAAAACAUGUUACAGUAUAAAGGACAUCAGUGUAAUCAUAAAGGAGGGCGAGAUGCCGAGUCCGUGUAGCGCAGAUAACAAAAAUGAGGCCCCGUCCGGGGCUCACGUGUGCGACGCGAACGUCUCGACGUGCAUGGAUCACUGGGAGGGACCAAACUCGGGCAUCACCAGCUUCGAUAACAUCGGAUUCGCCAUGCUCACUGUCUUCCAGUGUAUCACUAUGGAGGGCUGGACUGCCAUAUUGUACUGGACAAAUGACGCUCUUGGCAGCACGUACAACUGGAUUUACUUUAUACCAUUGAUCGUCCUUGGAUCAUUCUUCAUGCUGAACUUAGUUCUUGGUGUCUUGAGCGGAGAGUUUGCGAAGGAGAGAGAAAAGGUGGAGAACCGGCAGUCCUUCCUGAAGUUGCGAAGACAGCAGCAGCUUGAGCGCGAACUGAAUUGUUACCUCAAUUGGAUCUGCAAAGCAGAGGAGGUGAUACUCGCCGAAGAGAGGACCACGGAAGAGGAGAAAAUGCACAUAUUAGAAGCAAGAAGAAGAGCAGCGGCAAAGAAAAGAAAGUUGAAAAAUCUCGGCAAGAGCAAAAGCACCGACACAGAGGAGGAGGAAGGCGAGGACGGCGAGGACGAUGGGUUCUCGAGAGCCUCCUACUUUAAGUCGAAGGUGAAGAAGCAGGGCACGUGCCUACAAUUCUGGCGAGCUGAGAAAAGGUUCAGGUUUUGGAUACGCAAUUCCGUCAAGUCGCAACAGUUCUAUUGGUUCGUCAUCGUUCUUGUGUUCUUUAACACCGUCUGCGUGGCCGUCGAGCAUUACAAUCAGCCAAAAUGGCUCACCGAUUUCCUCUACUUCGCAGAGUUUGUGUUCCUGGGCCUCUUCAUGAUGGAGAUGUUCAUAAAAGUCUACGCGCUCGGUCCUCGCGCAUACUUCGAAUCGAGCUUCAAUCGCUUCGACUGCAUCGUCAUCUCGGCCUCGAUCUUCGAGGUGAUUUGGUCCGAGUUGAAGUCUGGCUCUUUCGGCCUCUCCGUCCUACGUGCCCUUAGACUCCUGAGAAUUUUUAAGGUCACCAAAUACUGGAAGAGCCUGAGGAAUCUCGUGAUAUCGCUGCUAAGUUCGAUGCGCAGCAUCGUUUCCCUUCUCUUCCUGCUCUUCCUCUUCAUCCUCAUAUUCGCGCUGCUCGGUAUGCAGCUAUUCGGUGGCCAAUUCAACUUCGACGAUGGCACGCCGCCCACUAACUUUAACACCUUUCCCAUCGCACUACUCACUGUCUUCCAAAUCCUGACUGGAGAAGACUGGAACGAAGUGAUGUACAAGGGUAUCGAGUCGCAGGGCAUUAAUCUCGCGAACGCGCAAGAGCUAAGCGCCGCCGAGGAGGAGCAGCAGGAGGAGGAUAAGGAGAAACAGCUGCAGGAACUCGAGAAGGAGAUCGAGUCGCUGCAGAGACCCGCGGAUGCACCGAGGGUGGAAAUCUGCCCUCCAAGUCCAACGCAGAAUUUAUUAAAAAAUGUAAAACGCAAUAUUGACGGAGAGCCACAAAAUGGAGAACGACGUCUCGUCUUUUCCAGCAGAGACGGAAGAAUUGAAACCCAGACGUCCGAAGAGAGGAGGCAGGAUGAAGAUGACGACACGGGACCAAAACCAAUGCUGCCAUACUCCUCCAUGUUUAUACUGUCCCCUACGAAUCCCAUAAGAAGAGGUGCCCAUUGGGUCGUGAAUCUUCGAUACUUCGACUUCUUCAUAAUGGUGGUGAUAUCGUUGUCGAGUAUCGCGCUGGCCGCCGAAGAUCCUGUUUCAGAGAAGGCGCCAAGAAACGACAUCCUCAAUUACUUCGAUUACGCAUUUACUGGCGUCUUUACCAUCGAAAUGGUGCUGAAAAUCAUCGAUCUUGGUAUCAUACUGCAUCCGGGCUCGUACCUGCGCGAGUUCUGGAACAUUAUGGACGCGGUCGUAGUGAUAUGUGCUAUGGUGUCGAUCGCCUUUGACAUAAUCGGUAGCUCCUCUACGGCCAGCCAGAACCUCUCGACCAUCAAAUCGCUACGAGUGCUGCGAGUACUCAGGCCGCUUAAGACAAUAAAGCGCGUGCCGAAGCUCAAGGCGGUGUUCGACUGCGUGGUGAACAGUCUCAAGAAUGUCAUUAACAUUCUCAUAGUGUAUAUAUUAUUUCAAUUCAUAUUCGCCGUAAUUGCGGUGCAGUUGUUCAACGGUAAAUUCUUCCACUGCACCGACGAGAGCAAGUAUACGCAAGAGGAUUGCAAUGGUCAAUUCUUCGUUUUCGAGGAAGGUAAUAUGCUACCGGAGCUCAAGCAACGGAAGUGGCAAUCCCAGUCCUUUCACUACGACAACGUAAUGGUGGCCAUGUUAACGUUGUUCGCUGUUCAGACCGGCGAAGGCUGGCCGCAGAUCUUACAAAAUUCGAUGGCGGCCACAUACGAGGACCAGGGCCCUAUCCAAAACUUUCGUAUCGAAAUGUCCAUUUUCUACAUCGUCUAUUUCAUCGUCUUUCCAUUCUUCUUCGUCAACAUCUUCGUGGCCUUGAUUAUCAUUACGUUCCAGGAGCAGGGAGAAGCUGAACUGCAGGAUGGUGAAAUCGAUAAAAAUCAGAAAUCAUGUAUAGACUUUACAAUACAAGCUCGUCCGCUCGAGAGGUAUAUGCCGAAGGAGCGGAAUAGCGUUAAGUACAAAAUCUGGAGGAUAGUUGUAUCUACGCCAUUCGAAUAUUUUAUCAUGAUACUCAUCGUAUUGAACACGUUAUUGCUUAUGAUGAAGUUCCAUCAGCAAAGCGAUUCGUACAAGAACACGCUGAAGUACAUGAACAUGUGCUUCACGGGGAUGUUCACUGUCGAGUGCAUACUGAAGAUCGCAGCAUUCGGCGUGAAGAACUUCUUCAAGGAUGCCUGGAACACCUUCGAUUUCAUCACGGUGAUCGGCAGCAUCGUGGACGCCCUCGUGAUCGAGUUCGGGGACCGGUCGAGCGUGCCCAGUGGUGGCCAGCUAGGCGAAAAGAAGGAGAACUUCAUCAACGUCGGCUUUCUGAGGCUCUUUCGCGCCGCCAGACUGAUCAAACUACUGAGACAGGGGUACACGAUACGUAUUUUACUCUGGACCUUCGUACAAUCCUUUAAAGCUCUGCCUUACGUUUGUCUCCUCAUAGCAAUGCUGUUCUUCAUCUACGCUAUCAUCGGUAUGCAGGUAUUCGGUAACAUCGCGCUGGAUGCUGAAACCUCUAUUACGAAGCACAACAAUUUCCAAAGCUUUAUACAAGGUCUGAUGCUGCUUUUUCGGUGUGCCACGGGCGAGGCUUGGCCAAACAUCAUGUUGUCCUGCGUAAAGGGCCGUCCCUGCGACCCAAAAGCCGAAAAGUCCGAACAGGACGGUUGCGGCUCCAACAUCGCCUACGCCUACUUCGUGUCGUUCAUCUUCUUCUGCUCAUUCCUCAUGCUGAAUCUCUUCGUCGCCGUCAUCAUGGACAACUUCGAUUACCUCACGCGGGACUCGUCGAUCCUGGGCGCACAUCAUCUUGACGAAUUUGUGCGGAUCUGGGCUGAAUAUGAUCCAAACGCCACUGGUAAGAUUCACUACACGGAGAUGUACGAUAUGCUAAAGAAUAUGGAUCCGCCGUUGGGGUUUGGCAACAAGUGCCCAAAUCGGCUUGCAUACAAGAAACUCAUCAGAAUGAAUAUGCCGGUGGACGGUGAUGGCAAAGUGAACUUCACGACAACGCUGUUCGCCCUCAUUCGCGAGAAUCUCAGCAUAAAAAUGCGAUGCGCCGAUGAAAUGAAUCAAGCCAAUGAAGAGCUGCGGGACACGAUCAGAAGUAUUUGGCCUUUACAAGCGAAAAAGAUGUUGGACCUUUUGAUACCUAGGAAUGAAGAAUUGGGUAGAGACAAGCUCACCGUGGGUAAGAUAUACGUCUGCCUUCUGAUACUCGAAAGUUGGAGAUCGACGAGGUUUGGUCAGCUAAAGUCUGCCGAACAGAACGAUAACGAUCUUAUCGAUAACGAUAAUGCUGGGCAAAGUCCUGCAGCCCAGGCGCCAUCGGCCUUCUUCAACUGCCUGCUGGACAUGGCGGCGGUAAAUCACACCGGAAAUAAUCACGGAGCUGGAAGUAGGGCGAACAGUCUCGAACCGGUGAUGCGACCGGCCAUAGAAGCGAAGCACGAACGACACAGAGAUCACACGGAUGAGGAGGAAGGGGCCCUAGGCGUCCUCGCAGCCGCCGAGCACAGACGUCAGCGUAGCAUCAGAAACAAAAAGGUGAACUGGAAGAUGUCUCGCCAGUACGAUAUACUAGGCAGCAGCGGAGAGAGUAGCCAGGGAGGGGGUGGGUCUGGGGUUGUACUCGUAGUUAAUGGCGAGGAUCGCGCCCCCGAGCUAGAGCCAUUGCUGGCCGAGGUGCCCUCCCAGCGGGAUGAUCAAAACAACUACUACCACGACCAUCACCAUCACGACCAAUACUACUACGAUACCGACAAUGAUCAAUACUAUGACCACCACCAAUACUACCACCAUCACCAUCAUCAUGACCACCGACCACCCUCGUACUACCAACACCAGAACACCUACGCACCUCGCUCCUCGAUCCAUUACCACAAGGAGCAAGACGUUAUACCGUCCGACUCGCGUGCUGGUAGCCUCGAGAGUCUAACACAUCCUGGUGACAGAGUCCUUCGUCCGCAUCCCUCGGCGCUCCUCUCUAGACGUUCACGAUCACCAAGUAUAAGAAGACACUCGCCAAUAAUGCCUAGAUCGCCAUCGCCAAGGCGACAAGGCCGGUAUGACCAUCAUGGUCAUUACCACGACGGACCAGGGUUUAGCGACACCGUUAGCAACGUCGUCGAGAUACAAAGGCACACUCAUCAUCCCCAUGCGUCACAAUAUAAUCAUCGGCAUAGGAUACGAGACUAUUACGACCACUGCGACUAUUACGACGAUGGUCCAUGGAGCGCGUCGACGAGUCCGGCCAGGUCGCCAAGUCCGGUUCACAGGAUCGAGCGUGGUGGCCAUUAUGGUACGACUAGUCUGGAACAGCGUUCGAGGAGCCCGAGCCCGAUAGGCAGUGGUCGUCCGCGUCAUCAUCGCCAUCAUCCGCAUCAACACAGUUAUCCGGUGCUGGUCGCGAGAAGAGGCCAGGGUCGCCGGUUGCCGCCGACGCCGAACAAGCCAUCAACCCUACAGCUGAAACCGACCAACAUCAACUUCCCCAAGCUGAAUGCCUCGCCUACUCACGGACCGCAUGGCAUGGCACCGAGUGGACUAACCCACGUGCCAGUGGGACCUGUACCCGGUCAUGUUCUGCAGCAGCAUCCACAUCCGCCGUCUCACAUGCCAUCUUCCAUGCAGUCGAGUCAUCAUCCGUUGAGCUUCGAGCAGGCUGUCGCGAUCGGCCGCGGUCGUCUACUGCCCAGCCCGGUGCCCAACGGUUACAAACCACAACCGCAAUCUAAGCAGAGAGCACCUAGGUCGAGACACUCGGACAGUGACGAGGACGAUUGGUGCUAGCCAAAGUGGGACCCUGGACGGUGGUCCGGUGACGUGGACGCCCCCAGGCGUCUCAGGGUUUGCGCAUGAUAGUCGUCCACGUGGGACGCGCGUUGAUUUCGAUGUGAAAGUAAUGGAAGAGCCGCGGUCGACGAGCUCGAAGCUCUUGGAGAUUCCCUCCAGAUUUCGACUGACCGAAGAACAGCUUCAUGAAGGAGUUGUUUCAGUCACGACAUUGCGGCGACCGAAAGAGAUCUAAGAGUCUAAGAGAAUUGAAAACAGGGCAAACGAUUCCAGGCGGACGAUGUUUGGAGCGAUUUCCGGUGGCUGAACGCGGCGACCGAACAGGGUCAGCAAAUACACAUAGAAAAUCGAUUUCUCGCGAACGCACAGGAGAAAUCGGCGAAACUAUCACUCAUACAUUGACGUCGCACGAAUUCGCGAACGAGGAAGAGUGCGACGUACGCGAUUCUACGAAUUGAUCGAGGUGCAAUCAAAUGGCUAAGCUCGACGAAUCUCGAAGAUCUAAUCUUGGAGCCUGGAGGAUCGAGUCAGAAGUAUCGGGAACGAACGAUUGCUUGAUGCGAGGGAUUUGAAAGAUGAAUUCUAUUCAAUCGCUGUAGUUGAAGACGCUCUAUAUUGGUGCGAACGACGCACGAUGAAGCGAAGAUGGAUCUCUCGAGAUCGCGAGCGACGGCUACGUCGAGAGACAAGGUGGUAGGUUGCAGUGAAACUCGUCGUGAAUGACAGUGAUUGAUUAAUUGAGCGGACGUUCCGGAAGAGCUCGAAAUCCUCCGAUAUUAUAUUCGCGAGUUAAUAUUUCGAUCUUACCUCGGCUCGAUCGAACGAAGACCGUCUCGAGGAAGACUUACUUUUUAUACAAUUUUCCGGAGGAGAGACUCAUCGAACGCCCGAAUUGCGCUGUGAUCACCACGAAACGUUCUCUUACGUGCGUGUGCAUUUAUGUAUGUAUGUAUGUCGUAUGAUCUUGUGCGUGCAUGCAUAAGAAAACCCCCUUCCCCCAUAAUUAGCCGGAAAUCGCGACUGAUGUACCGAAUCAUUCCACUUCCACUCGUGAAAGCGCCGAUUAAGUAAUGUUAAUUGUUCAACGACGACAAUUGAAGGACAAUCGAGGGAGACUGAAGCGAGAGAAUGAAAAGACGAAAUAGUAGUUACGUAGUUUCAGAAUUCGAU